CAGUAGUAAAAAAAAAAAAAGAAUUCUAGCUAGCUUGCCACCGACAAMCGGUUACACAGCUGAAGUAAAAAACCAUCCAUGUCAAGACAAAAGAAGGCUUUUGGGAGUCUUGUGCUGCUUCUGUGUACAUAUCGAGGCACACCGUCCUGUGAAGCGUUUCUACCUGGCUCAACAGCAGAAACCGUUGGUGCAGUGGUGUGCCAGGAGAUACCAAGACCAAAGCUUUUCUGAAUCCAGGUUUGUACCAGAAGAUGAACGGUYUGUCCAUACGGGAGCUAUGCUGCCUGUUCUGUUGCCCCCCCUGUCCCAGCCGCAUUGCAGCCAAGCUGGCCUUCCUCCCUCCGGAGCCCACCUAUGCUUUGCUCCCUGACCCAGAAGCGGGCUCCGGAGCUACAACCGUGUCUGCUUCCAACCCUGGGGCUGCUGCUCCUUCACUGGGAGCACCGGGACUGCGCUCUCGACUGAGCACAGGCAGUGGAGGUGACAGAGGAGGAGGAGGCGGCGGCGGUGGUGGUGGUGGUGGAGGAGGCGGCAGCAGCAGCAGUGGAGCUGGUGGGGCCGGCGGCGGCAGCAGUAGCAUUGUGGGCGAGGGGAGGUGGAAGCUGCAUCUCACAGAAAGAGCAGAGUUCCAGUAUUCACAGAGAGAGCUGGAUGUGACRGAUGUGUUCCUGACCAGAUCUAGUCGAGGGAACCGGGUCGGAUGUAUGUACAUUCGCUGUUCCCCCAACGCCAGGUUCACCGUGUUGUUUUCACACGGCAACGCAGUCGACCUGGGUCAGAUGAGCAGCUUCUACAUCGGCUUAGGCACACGUAUCAACUGCAACAUCUUCUCCUAUGACUACUCAGGCUACGGUGUCAGUACUGGGAAACCAUCUGAGAAGAACCUUUAUGCAGAUAUUGAUGCUGCCUGGCACGCCCUGCGCUCCCGGUAUGGCAUCAGUCCUGAGAACAUCAUCCUGUACGGUCAGAGCAUCGGCACAGUGCCCACAGUGGAUUUAGCAUCAAGGUUUGAGUGUGCCGCUGUGGUGCUUCACUCUCCUCUCACCUCCGGCAUGAGAGUGGCCUUCCCCGACACAAAGAAAACCUACUGCUUCGACGCCUUCCCAAACAUCGAGAAGGUGUCAAAGAUCCCGUCUCCAGUGCUCAUUAUUCACGGUACGGAGGAUGAGGUGAUCGACUUCUCUCACGGCCUCGCCUUGUUUGAGCGCUGCCCCAAGGCGGUGGAGCCCCUCUGGGUGGAGGGGGCGGGUCACAACGACAUCGAGCUUUACAGUCAGUACUUGGAAAGGCUACGGCGUUUCAUCAACCAGGACCUGGCUGCACAGCACGCCUGAGAAACAAGCAGGCUCUCUGUGUUUGUAUCUAUGACACUGUGUGUUUGUGUGCGUUUGAGCUUGCAUGUGUAUGAAAGGGGGCAUCAGCAUGCUUGCGAUGUGUGUGUGUAUGUGUGUGUGAGAGAGUUAUAGAUCAUCAGUGUGUCUUUACAGCAGCAUACCUACAGGAUAAAACAACAAAAAACAAAGACGCUGUAAGUCGUGUUUCCUGUUUUUAAAAGUGAGAAAAUUUUGUAAUACAUCAUUAGCUUUAUACAUUUGUACAGUGUUAAUAAAACACUUAGAAAUAAAAAACAAACGGAUAAAAUAAUUCACCAGUUAAUGUUGAUCUGAUUGAAAUGGGGAAGUGAGUUUGUUUUGUCUAAGAAGGCACACAGAUGUAAUUUAGAAGCGAGUGGAUGUUGGAUGAGUGUAUUAAAAUGUGUGUGUGUGUGUGUGUGUGUUUUAAUCUCUGUGGACCUGCGACGCCUCAGUGACGUUCGCACAUGAGAUUAUGUGUGUGGGUGCAGACCGAGAUGGACAUCCUGACAACUUGGAAAGCUGCAAGCGUAGGAGGCUAACGGAGUCUUAUCAAGUUGAUCAUUUUUAAUUUGGAAUACCUCCACAGCUUGACCAGCUCUCUCUCCAGUGGACAAACACGGGUCAAGCAUGUGCUCCCUCCCUCCUCCUGCUUAUUGUUUACCUUUUAAAUGGACAUCCCUGUGACUGCCAGGGCAUCUCCCAAGUUUUUGUUCAGCUAACACUACUCUUUUUGUGGAGUUUCGGGAGGACACAGCUCCGAUUUUUUUUUUACAUCAUUUCUUUCUUGGUAAUCUAAAGACUGGUCUUGAAAACUUUCUCAAGCUUUGUACGACCGUUGGGUGUUUGAGACGUUCCCUCAUUUUUAUUUCUGAUGAGUUCAUCAAAUGGCCAAGACUUUGUGUUUAUUUCCACGAUUCUUCAAAACCAUCUCCCGUGAACAGCGUAUCCGUUCCCCAGGAUUGAGCUCAUUGUUGUAGAAUCUCAAGUCCACUCUGGGGUUUUCCCAUUUUGUUUGAGUAACAAGACAGCGUCAGAUCUUGAGCGCACUAACAGAUGCUUUACAAAAAGAAGAAAAAAAAAGAGGUUAAUCUGAAGGGAUAAGUGAAGUUUUGGAAAAGACUGCAGUCAAGAAAAUGACUGCAACCCAGAAAAAGAAUUAGCCAAGCACAUAACACCCCAUAAAUCCACUUCACGUCUGCUUCCAACUGUGAGCUGUGGAGUGCUUGGUUCUUAUUUUUACCUUCAAACAGAGCCAGUUUUUUCCCCUCUCCUCUCUUUUCCAUUCGUUUUUUUCUAGAAAAUAACUGGUUGUCACUUCAUCAUAUUGACACAAGUGAUUGACCUUUUGUCCAAACUGUGGCAUGGACAAACCAAAACAAAAAGCACAUUUCUUAAACGUUAACCUACAGUUGUAAGUCUAAAGUUGGGAAAAGAAAUGUUUGGAUUUGGCUCUAAAAAAUGAAGCUGUCUUUUCCCCAUUUAAUAAGAAUCAUGUUUUCAUUUCAUUUUGUUUGAUUCCAAACUAUCAUCAGAAAUAAACUAAUACAUUUUUUUAAUUACGAGUAGCACUCAUCACACGAGUCAGCCUCCUGUUUGCGUCAGCACAUUUUCUGCUUCUUUUGUAAGUAAUCCUGACUUGUUGGUUCUGGUGUGGGCACUAGGKGUGCWCCGAUUUCAGUUUUCUGGCCGACCGCCAAAGUUUUAAAAAGCCUGACCUGCCGAUACCAUUUUUUUUAUGACACAGUCAAGUGUUAAAAGGUCACAACAAACCUUCAAUGUUCCAAUCUUCUUUUAUUGAAUAAACAUUGAAAAAUACCCUUGAAUCAAUACAAACCUGUUUUAACUGGGAGUGCUCAUGCAGAGCAAAAGGGGGACGGUGACUGAUUCUCAGACCUUUGCUUAGGUCCAAGUAUCGGCCGAUCGCCGAGGAAAUCGGCACCCGGCGAUUCAUCGGUGCAGCUCUAGUGGGCGCCUUAGAUUGUUUCAUAAUUUCUGUGUUACGACUAAACGAUGUGAUUCAGAUCUGGUGCCAGGACGGGACAGUGGGGCUCCCCUCUGUGUAGACCGCUGGUCUGAAGUGUAAAGUAGCUCUCUUAUGGGUGGCAGCACGUUCCAAUGUGUGACACAAGCCAUAUUUGAGCCUCUCACUGUUGGUGUGGUGCAGGCUCCACCACAUCUUUGCACAUCAUUACACACACACACACACACACACACACUACUUACACAUUUAUAUAUCUAUGUAUAUCAGAUCAAGCAUGAAAAGAGCAGGUCUUAAGUUCAGCACUAUUGUACAAAGCAUCCAAAGUGUAAUAAGGGUAUAAAAUGUAAGUCUUUGUGUCUUUUUGUUUGUUUAUUAUUGACUUUGUUCUUCAGGCCAGAAUCAAGUAUAUGAAUUUUUCUGGGUGGA